UCGUUACCGUGGAGAUGUAUAAACAAAAACCUCUUAAACCUUCGGUCUCCAGCCUACCCACCACAGAACUAAACAAGAUCCAACCCAGCUAACCAGUUAACUUAGCCAAUGUUAGUUUACCUUUGUAGGUGGACUAACAUUAAGCUAGCCAGUUAAAUCUUUGUUAAUAUAGGCUAAAUACAAACCGACCUCAUCAAUCCUGAGUAGCAAUGGCAUACAUCAGGACAUACAGCUCACGUGUUCAUAUUGGGAACUGGACAGAAGAUGUUGCUCUUGAGGAGGAUACUCUGAAGGACUUCUUGGACAGGCGGGAGAGAGGAGAACUUACCAUUCAGAAAACAGGUCUUCUCAAACAAAAUAUCCUAAAAAAGGUUGAUUUGUCAGUGUCAACUGAUGGAUGGUUGCACUUUGGGGACACAGUCAUGCUGGUCAACCCUGGGUCUGAAAGACGCCACAGUGCUUCUCACCAGCAGAAGACACCGCAAGAUCCUGCUGCCAUUGGGAUAAAUGCUGAUGUAAGCGGACUUAGUGCAAACUCUUCCAUAGGGGCUCCGUGUGCUGUCAGUGGAACCAGGACCUUUGAACCAUCUGCUAGGACCGCCUUUGUAAUCACAAGUGUGGAUGGAAGUCCAGUGGGUGAAACUCUGAAGUACAAUCAACGUUUUGCUCUGCGAACAACAAACGGGUUUGCAGGAGGGUUGUGGCUGGAGAGCGAUCUUAAGACUCCCCUGAAGUAUGCCAAGAUGUCACGCCUACAGGAGGUUAGCCUCACAGAUGAGCCCUCAUUCCUGAGCUGUUGGAAUGUUGUGUACUUCGAUCCGCAGGAGCGUCUAGAGUAUGAGGGUCUGCCUGUACCUGUGAAUACAAAAGUGCUUAUUGCUCAUUGCAAGACAAACCACUGCUUGGGUGUCCUUGGAAAUUAUGUUUUAUGGACAUCGUUUGGAAAAGAAUAUGAAGUGGUGGCUCAAACGUUUCUGGACUCCCAUAAGGCUGAAUGUGAUGUUAAUCACUGGCUAUUUGUUACUGCCAACCCUGGAAUGGAGAGCCAGGCAAUUCUGGACAGGCCUGACCCAAUGGCAAACACCACAGCCACUGAGAACCUGGAGAACCAAUUUACUGAGUCAAGUGAUAAUAGAUUAGCUGAUGAAAAACAGGACAUGUAAUUUAAUGAAAUGUAUGAAGCCUAGAGGUACUGAAUAGUCUUAACAGCCAAUGACAUGGCUAUAUUGUACGUGAAACUUAGGCUGUCUAUUUCUGUCUAUAUUAAAAACAUACUGCUAUAUAUUUAAACUAUGCUUAAAAUUUUACAUACAUUCACAUAGUCCAUUUUAUUAAUACAUUCAUCUGAUUAUGCUUACAUCUUUGAAUAAAGCACAUAUUUCUCAGCA